AUGCUUUUGGACUUAUGUGCUUUUGGGAACAUAGAUGUUAAGCACAUACAUGUUGUUACUUGUAUGCUUUUGGACUUAUAUGCUGUUGGACUUAUAUGUUGUUACAUGUUGAUGGAAGAUAAUCAGAAUGUCUCUAUUUUGCUAUUUGAUGAGGAUACUGCUGAUAAUCUCCUCAUUCGCAUUAUCAACAUGGCUGCACAAAUAGGAGGUCUAGUCACGAGUAUCUCGCACCUCAUAUCACAAGAGGAGAUAAAUCUACCCAUUUCCCAACUCAGACAUGGCAUUACGGACCUUGGCCUUCAAUAUUUAAAAUUUAAGAUGGAUAGCAACCCACGUGAUUUUCGUCGAGUAUACCGUAUGUAUCCGGAUUGCUUCAUGAAAUUGUGUAUGGUCUUGCGAGAACGUGGGCAUUUACAAGAUACACGGUAUAUCAGCGUUGAGGAGAUGGUUGCUAUUUUCCUACUCACCGUUACUCAAAAUCAACGAUAUUGCAUCACCACUGAAAGGUUUGAUCGAUCCCGAUUUGCCGUCAGUGUUUGUUUCAAUAAGGCACUACAGGCCCUUGUGUCAUUAGCCCCUUGUAUGAUGGCUCCUCCUCCUACUGAUCCACCAGAAAAGGUCACAUCUGAAUCUCGUUUUUGGCCUUACUUCAAGGACUGUAUUGGUGCUAUUGACGAGACCCACAUUCCAUGUAUGGUGUAUAGCGAGGACCAAACUCCAUAUCGUAAUAGACAUGUGGGAUGGGAGGGAUCUGCCAAUGACUCACGGGUCCUGAAGGAUGCAAUGAGUAGAAGUGCAUGUAGUCUUCCACUUCCAAAUGGCAGAGAUUUAGUGAACAAAUCUGCAAGAUUGUCACUUGAGCGAACUUUUUCGAUGGUGAUUUCGCCAUUCUUUUGGAGCUCAUGUGGAUAA